UCUCCUUUUUGGAUGAGAGAUUAUAUUGGUAUUUCUAUUAAUGAUCAGCAUUGGUGCAAUAUAGUAAAAUUUUAUGAGAUGCCAUCACCCUUCAGAGCUCUAGUCUGUCAUGCUAGUCAAAUUUCGAAACCCUGCAGCUAUUUGGAAGCUUCACAGGAUGAGAGAUGGGUUGAAGCUAUGAGGAAAGAUAUAAAUGCUCUUGUAUCUAAUGGAACUUGGGAGCUUGUGAAACUUCCUAAAGAGAAGAAAGCCAUAGGAUGCAAGUGGGUGUUCAAGGUAAAAUUGAAAGCAGAUGGUUCAGUAGAGAGAUUCAAGGCAAGAUUAGUUGCCAAAGGAUUUACACAGAGGUAUGGCAUCGAUUUUGAAGAGACAUUUUCUCCAGUUGUUAAAAUGGCAACUGUCAGAUGUCUUUUAUCUCUUGCAGCAAGUAAAGGGUGGAAUUUGCAUCAGCUUGACAUAAAUAAUGCAUUUCUGCAUGGUAAUCUCUCUGAAGAAGUACAUAUGAGAGUUCCUGAGGGUGUUCCAAAUCCACACUUGUUUGCAGAUUGAGAAGAUCCUUAUAUGGUUUAAAACAAGC